AUGGUCACCCUUUCUUCCCUUCUCGUUGCCGCCGCGACAGUGGCCACUGGUGUCUUCGCUGCCCCCGGUGAGCUUCCUGGGCUGGCCAAGCGUCAAACCUACACAACCAGCGCCACCGGUACACACAAUGGGUACUACUUCUCCUUCUGGACCGACGGCGGCCCGAACGUGAGGUAUACCAACGAGGCUGGCGGCCAGUACUCGGUGUCGUGGUCCGGCAACGGCAACUGGGUUGGUGGUAAGGGAUGGAACCCCGGUACUGCUCGCACCAUCAACUACACGGGCACCUAUCAGCCCAACGGCAACUCGUACCUGGCCAUCUAUGGAUGGACCAGAAACCCUCUUGUCGAGUACUACGUGAUUGAGAACUUUGGCACUUACAACCCAUCCUCGGGAGCCACCCGCAUGGGAAGCGUUGUCGAUGGCGGUGCCACCUACGACAUCUACAGGUCCACCCGCGUUCAGCAGCCCUCUAUCGAGGGUACUCGUACCUUUGACCAGUACUGGUCCGUCCGCCAGCAGAAGCGCACCGGCGGCUCUGUCAACAUGGCUACCCACUUUGCUGCCUGGGAACGUGCGGGACUCAGAUUGGGAACCCAUGAUUACCAGGUUGUCGCCACUGAGGGCUACUUCUCGUCCGGCUCCGCUACUAUCAACGUUGGCGGCUCCUCGGGUGGUGCUCAGCCCCAGCCCCAGCCCGAGCCUUCUCCCAACCCCAACCCCGGCAACGGCGGCGGCGGCGGUGGUUCCAAUUGCGCUGCCAGAUGGGGCCAAUGCGGUGGUCAGGGCUGGAAUGGUCCUACUUGCUGCGAGUCAGGCACUACCUGCCGUUCCAGCAAUCAGUGGUAUUCCCAGUGCCUUUAA